GCGAAAAACCCCAAUUGCAUAAACCCUAAAAAAGAGACGGUAGCAGCUGAAGAAGAAGCAGCAAAGCAAAACGAAACGAAAAAAUGAGACCUUUGGACGAGACAGAAACGAGCGUGGUUUUCGAAAAGCUCUUCAAAUUCGUAGGAAACAACCUCAAAAACCUCGUUGAAAAUCCCUCACACGAAGGUCCCGAUUCAAAUCCUGGUCGCUACUGUUUCCGUCUCAACAAGAACAAAAUCUAUUACUGCAGCGAAUCCCUCGUCAAGCGUGCCACCAACAUCGCUAGACCUAACCUCGUUUCACUCGGAACGUGUAUCGGAAAAUACACACACGGUGGAAAUUUUCAUCUCACCGUUCAGGCGCUGAAUUUACUUGCUGCGAAUGCCAAGCAUAAGGUAUGGCUUAAACCACAAUCUGAGAUGUCGUUUUUGUAUGGGAAUCAUGUGUUGAAGAGUGCGUUGGGUCGGAUUACGGAGAAUAUUGUUUCUGGUGAUGGGGUUGUUGUUUUUUCUAUGUCUGAUGUGCCUUUGGGUUUUGGGGUGGCUGCUAAGUCUACACAGGAUUGUAGGAAGUUGGAUCCUAAUGGUAUUGUUGUGCUUCAUCAGGGUGAUAUUGGAGAGUAUUUGAGGAUUGAGGAUGAGCUUUGAAAAGUUUUAAAUUUUGGGUUUUUUUUAUUUUUUAUUUUAUGAAAUUUGAGUCGUGGGUUAUCGUCGUAAUGGUUUAUCUUUCUCUCUAUGUAACUGGGUCUUUUAUUUUUAACGUGGAUCACUGUAAAAGUUAUUCUCCCUUAUUUUUGAAUGUUAUGAAAUUUUGUUUGAAGUAUUAUUAUAGUGAUAUGGUUACAUUUUCACCCUGUCAA